GUCACCGCAAAGGGCAAAGCCUUCUGAAAUAGCAACAAAGUUGUUCACGAACCACUUUGUGGUUUGCAUUUGGUUUCAGCCGGCUUCGGGAACUUGUUGCCAUGAGGAAAACAAGCUGCCCUUUGCUGGCCGGCCGGGCAAGGAGCGCGGCGCUGUGAAGCGCUCCCGCCCCAGCGAGGUGCCAAGGGGCAGCGAUGGCACCUGGGCAGAGCCCGGAGGAGCUGAGGCAGCAGAGCCGGGCCGUGGGCGCGGGGCAGGAUGAGGAGCGCGGCCGGGGCUGCAGGCGCUGCCGGCUGCCGGCUGCCGCAGGUUGUGGAACAUUCACUUUUCUGUCUUCUGCCAUUGCUGCCAUAAGUGGACUUCUGAUGGGCUAUGAGUUGGGCCUUAUCUCUGGAGCUCUUCUUCAGAUGAGCAGCAUUUUAACACUCUCUUGCAAAGAGCAGGAAGUCAUUGUAAGUUCCCUGCUUUUUGGGGCCUUGUUUGCAUCCCUUACUGGUGGAUUUCUUAUAGACAGAUUUGGAAGGAGACUUGCUAUUAUUAUUGCAUCAUCUUUACUUGUGCUGGGGAGUCUGAUUCUGCUGCCCUAUGAAUCAUAUGAGGUACUCAUUGUGGGCCGGAUCGCCAUAGGUAUUUCCAUCUCACUGUCGUCAAUUGCCACGUGUGUGUAUAUCGCUGAGAUCGCCCCACAGCACAGAAGAGGCCUCCUUGUGUCAUUAAAUGAACUCAUGAUUGUGAUAGGCAUUCUCUUUGCCUAUAUUUCAAAUUAUGCAUUUGCCAGCAUAUCUCACGGCUGGAAGUACAUGUUUGGCCUGGUGAUUCCAUUGGGUGCUUUGCAGGCUGUUGCCAUGUAUUUCCUUCCUCCAAGCCCUCGGUUUCUUGUGAUGAAAAAUGACGAUGAAGCGGCGAGAAAAGUACUGGAGAGGCUACGGGAAACAUCAGAUGCUACUAAUGAGCUCACUGUGAUUAAGUCUUCCCUGAAAGAUGAACAUCAGUAUAGUUUCUUGGACCUGUUUCGUUCAAAAAACAACAUGAGGGCCCGAAUGCUGGUAGGACUCACUCUAGUUUUUUUUGUGCAAACAACUGGGCAACCCAACAUUUUAUUUUACGCAUCGACUGUUUUGAAGUCAGUUGGGUUCCAGAGCAAUGAAGCUGCCAGUUUGGCUUCCACCGGAGUUGGAGUGGUUAAAGUGGUCAGCACAGUCCCAGCCACGUUUUUUGUGGAUCAAGUUGGAAGUAAAACUUUUCUGUGUAUUGGCUCUUCUGUUAUGGCAAUAUCGUUGGUCACUAUGGGCUUAGUGAACCGUAACAUACAUGUGAAUUUAACCAAGGUCUGCAGAAGCCAGUCUCCAGAGGAUUUCUCUCUCCAGAGACCAGGAAACUUCACUGUCACCAAUGGGAGUCUCAAGGACCUCUUUGCUAGCAGGGCUUCAACAGAAAGAUUGUCAUUUGAUGUACAGAGCCCAGAUGUUGCCAGGACAGGAGAACUGAACAGGACUGCCCUGGCAGGAGGCAAAAGCACAACAGGGUCUCAUGUGGAAAGUGGGGAGGUCCCUGUUGUCCUGAAAUGGCUUUCACUGGCCAGCCUGCUUGUCUAUGUUGCUGCAUUUUCCAUAGGUCUUGGACCAAUGUCCUGGUUGGUCCUGAGUGAAAUUUUCCCUGGUGGGAUCAGAGGACGGGCCAUGGCUUUGACAUCCAGCAUGAACUGGGGUAUAAACCUGCUCAUCUCCUUGACGUUUUUGACUGUAACUGAGCUCAUUGGCUUGUCCUGGGUGUGCUUCAUUUACACAAUAAUGAGUCUAGCAUCACUGGCUUUUGUUAUCAUGUUUAUACCAGAGACAAAAGGAUGCUCUUUGGAGCAAAUAUCCAUGGAACUAGCUAAACACUCAGUCUGGAAGAAGUGCAAAGAAGAAUCAGAGUGCCAGGGAGAAGAAAGAGUCUCAACAGGAGGAGCCUACCAAAGACAGAUAAAUUUAGGAGACACAUAUGCUUCAUAAAAGCUCCAGAUAUUCACUGGUAGCACUCAAGAGCUUUGUAAUUUGAUUCGAAGAGGCAAGCCUAAUCUACAACAGCUAUUGUAGUUGUAAUGGCCAAAUCUUCAUUCAUCAGUUUGGGACUACACUUUGUCCCUCAAAACCUAUUACAAUUUUGUUCAUUGUUCAAAUAUCUUCUGCUUUUUCCUUUAAAAAAUUGUAAUAAUAAUAACUAGUGUUCCCUAAUGGUGGUUUGUUCAUUGCUCUUUGACUAUGCACAAAAUCCUUAUUUAUGUCAGGAGUGCCAAGGUCCACAUUAUUUGAUGCAAACUGGAAAACUUAGGUGUAGCAAGCUUUGCUACACAUAGCAUGCUAGAUUGAAUUCCCUGACUGUUGAACUCAACCUCAUAAUUUCAUGGUUAUAAGCCCUCUAAGAAGCUCAAGAAGUGGGCCCAUGCAAAUCUCAUGUGGUUUAGCAAGGGGUUUAACAAGGUGCUGCACCUGGGUCCAGGCAACCCCUGGGAUCAGCACAGGCUGGGAAUGAACAGACCGGGAGCAGCCCUGCCCAGAGGGACUUGGGGGGCUCUGGUGGGUGAGAGGCUGGACAUGACCCAGCAAUGUGCACUUGGAUCCCAGAGAGCCAAUUGUAUCCUGGGCUGCAUCCAAAGCAGUGUGGGCAGCAGGGCCAGGGAGGGGAUUCUGUGCCUCUGACCUGCUGAGAGCCCACCUGCAGUGCUGCAUCCCGCUCUGGGGUCCCAGCACAGGAAGGACAUGGACCUGCUGGAAUGAGUCCAGAGGAGGCCACCAAGAUGAUGAGAGAUAGAAUAUAGGUCCUAUGAGAAAAGGCUGAGAGAAUUGGAAUUGUUCAUCUGGAAAAGAGAAGACCUAACUGGAACUUGCCACUACCCAAAGGUAACCUCUAAGAAAGAUGGAGAGGGACUUUUUACAAGGCCAUGUGGUGACAGGACAAGGAGGAGCAGCUUUAAACCAAAAGAGGGUAAGUUUACAUUAGGUAUUUACAUUCUUUACUGUGAGGAUGGUGAGGCACUGGAACAGAUUGCCCAGAGUUGUGGAUGCCCCAUUCUUGGAUGUGUUCAAGGCCAGGUUGGAUGGGGCUUUGAGCAACCUGGUCUAGUGGAAGGAGUCCCUGCCCCAUGGCAGGGGGCUGGAACAAGAUGAUCUUGAAGGUGCCUUCUAACCCAAAGUAUUCUCUGACACCUACAGAGAGUUCCAAAAGGCCUUUAUGAACAUACUACUUACAAUUUAUGGCAAAGUUAGGUUUCUUUUUGCUCUGAGGGGAUUUGGUGAAGCAUCUCCCAUACUACUCCUUCCUUUACAUACUUUCUGCAAGAAGUCACUAUGGACAGCCCCAAGUUCUACAUCACCCCAUCAGGCAGAUGAAAUCCGUCAUGCCAGGCAUUUGCUUCCUCCAGCUGUUCUUCCACCUUUUCUUCCGAAGCUGUGAUUUCUGGUACAGUAACAGCUCAGUUUACUAUUUUUAGCACCCCCUAGGAUGGAACAUUACCUGCAGCAUGCAAGAGCAGUGUUACAUUUCUCUUCGGUGAGAUAGGGAAAAAAGACAUAAGUACAUUUAUACAUAUUUAUUGUAUCUUUUUAAAAGUAGCAUUUGCAGUUACUUUUAAGCAUUCACCUCUCUUCUGCUUAAAAUGUGCACUUACUGAGAGAAACAUCUACUGGCUUUCAAGUCCAAGAUUAAUACUAAUAAUAAUACAUGCCAGAAUCAAGCUUCACUGCUUGUUGGCAGCUCCUGUCAUCAAAACAGUAUACAGUAAGAAGAGUGUAGAAAAGGUCUGUGUUAAUCAUUCAGCAAUAGGCUGGGGCUGGAUUAGAGUGACCACAACAUCUUCUCCAGUUGAAGCACAACAAUUUUCCUGAAGUUCACAUUUAAAAUUUUUCUUUUGCAUUGAGUAGGUGGACAAGGCAGUUGUUUUUUCUACAGUAGCUUCAUAAGUUGAUAACGUAAUUAAGCUAUCAGACAGCGUCCAAGGGCGGGCCACAAGGAUGGUGAAGGGUCUGGAGGGGAAGCUUUAUGAGGGGCUGAGGUCACUUGGUUUGUUCAGCUUGGAGAAGAGGAGACUGAGGAGAGACCUCAUUGUGGUCUUCAGCAUCCUCACGAGGGGAAGCAGAAGGGCAGGUACCGAUCUCUUCGCUCUCGUGCCAGUGAGAGGACUUGAGGAAACAGCGUGAAGCUGAGUCAGAGGAGGGUAUCAGGAAAAAGUUUUUCACCCAGAGGGUGGUUGGGCACUGGAACAGGCUCCCCAGGGAAGUGGUGACAGCACCAGCCUGACAGAGUUCAAGAAGCAUUUGGACACUGCUCUCAGGCACAGGGUGUGACUCUUGGGGUGUCAUGCACAGGGCCAGGAGUUGGACUCGGUGAUCCUGAUGGCUCCCUUCCAACUCAGCAUAUUCUGUGGUUCAUCUACAGGAAAACACUUGCUGUAGACCUUUAUAUUUAGAAAUGUCUUCUCUUCAUGUAACAACAAGAAAAUAUUUAAAGUCUGGCAUGUAGUUAAGAGAACUGGGAACAAACCAAAUUUCAUCCUCAGAUAAACAUACGUCACUACUAUAGAUUUCAAUCUAGCCCAAGCACAAAGUUUUACACAUACUACAAACAGAAACAGAAGGUAUCAGCAAAAGACUAUUCUUACAUUGUUUCAAAUUAAUUUGCAACUAUACAAUUUUAAUUGUAACAUAAAAAGAGAAGGAAUAUAACAGAACAGGUAUGAAGAGAAAUAUUUUCCAAACUUUUAUUUGUGCACAUUCAUCAGGUGAAAAAGAUAACUUUUACAGCUUCUUUGGUGCCCAAUAUUCAGCAUACAAAAAUGUAAAAGACUAUUCACAAAUAAAACACAAGCUCAAGCUAAAAAAAAAAUGUCUUAAAGGUAGUGCACAUCGUGACAGCUUUGCUUAUGAAUACACAGAAAUUACUGCAAAAAUAAAUAGAAUGUCUUUUUAAAAGCAGCAAUUUCAUAUCUUGUAAACUUUCGUUUUUACAAUACAGCACUGUUAAGAGUAAAAUCCAAAAGAACUGGAGUCUAUACUGUGGCCAUGAGCAAGUAAAAGAGUCUGUAUUCCUCUGCUAUGGUUGGUCCAGUUUUCCUUUUUGCUUUUAGUCCAAUGUGCAGCAGUCUUUGAAGGUGCUCGGUUAGGGAACCUAACCAUCAAGUGGUGAAUUACAAAAUUUAUUUCCUGCUUUCAAACACGAAUGGAUAAAUCUGUUCCACAGCACUGGCAACAGCCUUUACAUUUGGCCCUAAGACACAGUUUAAAAAAAAAAGAAAAAAGGCAGUAGGAAGAGAAAAUACAGGGAAUCAGAAAUUAAAGUAACAACAGUACCUUUAAAAAAACCUUAAUAUUAUUAGCAAUCGCAACAUCAUACCACAGACAAUAACAAGUUCUCCCCCAUUUCUCCUAACUUAACAGAUUUUCUCUGAUCGCUUUUCAUGUGAAAGUCUUUUCUUGUAAAUCUGCAAGAUGUUCUACAUUUGUCAAUGGAUAAUUACAAUUAAAUAAUACUGUCAUUUAAUUUCAUAACAACUUGGCUGAUUUUCAAUUUACUGGCUUAAACAGCCCAGAGAAGAGGCUGAGUGGCAGAGGUAAAUUAGUUCUUUUACUUAUGUCAGUCUUCUAAGAAUUCGUAUUUCUUCAAGCCUAGCCACUCUUCACUCUUGCUUUAAAAACCUACCAACAAGAGCUACUGUUAAAUAAUGCUGGAUUUAACUGAAGUACAUUUCAAGCAAGGUUAUUAUAGGUUUGAAAAUUAUAAACUAUUACUUUCUAUCCCAGGUUUUGCAAAUAGCUUUAUCACUGAUCUCACGACAAAACCUGCAAGCCAGGGAAUGGUUUUAUCAUCUCAGGAUGAAGCAUAUGAAGGUUAUCUAACAUGAUCUGUGAGUAUCCAGGCAAAGUAAAUGAAAAAUGACCUAGCAAUGCUUGCUAGUAGUACCAGACCACUUUAGCCAAUGAAAAACUAAGAUUUCAAAUAAGUGAGCAGUAACAUCAUGAAAGAUAUUAAUUCUGAAUAGAAGCUUUGUGAUGCAGGUAAAGGAGAACAGCAACUUCUCAUAUGCUUUGAUGAGUAGGAAUGCAGGGUUUUUGUCACCCCACUUUAGACUUCAAAAGUUUCUUCCAAGUAUAGAGAACUGUUCAAAAUUACUCCCAAAAACAACAACUUAAGCGUAAGUUACUUAAGUAAUUAUUGUUUUACAUGCUUAGUCAGAAAGCAAAUGGACAAGAACAGGAUUCUUCCUAUAUUUUCAAACUGGUUGAGUGAAGCAUCCAGAUAAAACAAGCCUAGUGAAAGACACCUGUCUUCUGGGUAGAUACUGCACCCUCCUUAAAUUUGUCUGCUAUUAGGAAAGAGAGUUCUCAGGAAAGGAGAAGCCUUCAAAUAGUGAGAAUAUGAGUGGGUAAAUAGUUCCAGCAAAAAAAAUACUACUCUCUCUAAGGCUGAAGAGGUAUAAAAACUGGAUCAUCAUUCUAGGGCAUAUAAGAGAAGGAAAUAACAAACCAAAACAACACAAUCCCCAUAAACAACCCCUCAUUUAUCAUUUUGGAGUCAAAGAAACAAUACUUCUUUUUGUCACUUUCAUGAAAGAUAGUAAAAAUCACAUGCUAGUGAUUUUUACUAUCUUUCAUGAAAGUAACAAAAUCUUUUUAAUUCUUGUCUCAGGAAAAGAACUCACCUGCCUGGGUUUUUUGUAACAUUUCUAAUUAUAUAUCACAAAAUUCUCUGAGGCAGAGGUAUUACAAGUACUAGUACUACAGAAACAUGAAUCUUUAGAGGAAACUUCAUCUGAGCACACUUGAGAAAGAGUGUACUAUGGCUGAAAAGUAAUUUAAAUCAUUUUUAAAAUAAGAAACAUAAGACUCAGAACAUUUUUUUCCUCUAGAAGAGGCAAAGCAGAAGCCUAGAAAAACAACAGAGGUCUGAGUUAAUUUUUCGAACUCACUGCAACAACUAAACUAGAAGGAUGCAAAACUUCUAUGUUUGUUUACCUUAUUUACCUUCCUAUUUGAAAGGAAAAUUUUCUCAAAAUAUGGAAGUGAUUCUGUAAGCAAUGAAGUAAUAAGAAUCUUAUAGAGAAGCCGAAUCUCAUUAGGAGGCUGACAAGACAUGCUGAGAGCUUUUUAUUACUGCAGUGAUAAUGCUCCUUAUUUAUUUUAAAUUUAGUUUCUAGUUUUGGCUAGACCAAUUGCACUGUUCCCAACAUAUACUGCAAUCUUGAAGUACUUUUUAGUCCUUCAUUUUUAGAUUACUGAAUCUGAUGGAAGUUUGUCUUCAUUAGAAAACACUGCUUCCAAUAUCUUGUGGGAAACAUUCUGCAUAGACAUAGGCAUUUGAAUUAAGAUGUGAAAAUAAAAGAAAUCCUUACUCAGCUUCUGAACCAGCAGCUGAGCUCUAACAACUGCAAGACAUAAUUCCUGCAAACGUGAUGUUUUUUUUUGUUUUGGAUCAUUUUAACAUGUAUUGUCUGAAAAAAUGACUUCUUGUACCUGGACACUGGUGGUGGAUAUCUCACAAGCAAACAGAAAAGAGAAUGAAAAAUGAAAAUGAUGAAGAGAGAAGAAAAAAUUGCUAGCCUCUCCAAGACCCAGAACAACCAUGUCUCGAUUACAUGGGAAAAAUCACUGAUUCCUGUGAUUCAGUGGUUGUUCUCUUAGCUGAGCUUUAAAAGAAGAGAAUACAAGUCUGAAGAACUGUAAAUUAUUGGUCAGCCUCAUUUAUGCUAUGCUAUACAAAGUGCUAUACUAUCCUGUGAGUUUCCAUAAAUCUGCAGUUUGGAAAUAUGUAUUUAUGAAAGGGAUGUUAAUGCUAAAUGCAGUGUAGUUAACAUCUCUACAAAUGGAAGAAAAAAGGAAGAAAAUUCAAAUAUUUAAAUAAACAAUAAUUACCUGCAUUCUUAAGUGCUACCUUACUUUUGGUUUCAUUAAAAAAAAUUCAGUCUAACUAAUUUUUUGAACCUACCAAUAAUAAUACUUUCUCUACUGGCACUUUCACUCAAAAACAAACAAGGUGCUAGCACAGGGAAACUAAAUUCUUUCAACAUAAUUGUUUGACUGUUUCAAAAAUCUUGUUUUCCCAAACCUACUGGCUCUAAAGUUAAAUAUUCCCAACAAGUUAAAUAUUUAUUUUUUGACAUUAAAAUACCUGUAACUGUGAUACUGCCUGUGGAAAAAAUCUGUAAGGUAGCUCUGAGAGAUUUUAUUCUGUAACACACGGCAGGAUGCAGUUCUGGUUCAUAACUAGAAAACAAAAUGAAAAGUAAAAAAGAGAGAUCUAGAACUGAAAAAUAAAAGAUUAAGAAGUAGUCCAGGACUAAAAUUCUUUAAAAUCCUACGUACCUUGCAUGAGGUCUGUUAUUCUUCGUAAAUUCUGGCAAUCUUAUCUCAAAGGGCAUGUUGCACACUGCUAAAACAUUCACAACUUUAAAAUCUGUGAAAAUUACCUUUUCAAAAGAGACAGGAAAAAAAGACAUUAGAAUGUACAGCAAGUCAGAUGCAUGGGUUGCAAAAAAAAAAAAAAAAAAAAGACAAGGCUACUACUGAGAAUAUUUUGAUGGGUCAAAAUUAGAAUCUUCAGACUGAUGCUUUUCUAAUAUGCAUCUAAAGAGCAUUUAAUGGACUCAGAACAUUUACAUUAUCUUUCUGUGGUGGAGUAACUGCUGAACUAGAUACUUCACACUUGUAUCAUGGUCACUACAGCAGUAUGGUUAGAACAGUUUAAGGAUGAGACACAGAAAAAACUCAAACUGAUGUACUAAACACCUCCCCACUGAAAAUAAACUAAAUUUAACAGCUCAUGGAACAUCAAAGUAAGCAGAGGAAAAGCUUAAAUAUUAUUGCAAACUUCUUUAAUGCCUUGUUGCUAUAUGCCAUUUGUAUUAAAGCUAAGAAUAAGAAAAAAGGUGGCAACUUUUGCUUUAAUGUCCAGUGGCGAGUAGAGCAAACUGGUUUUCUAUUCUGUAACUUUCUGAAACCCAAACUAUUUGAAUAACUUUCAAGUUAUUCUCUACCACAGACCCUUUAGAUGACAACAAAAUAGCCAACAGACAACUGCUAUACAAAAAACUGCACUGCUGACAGGUCAGUGUUGGCAAUGUCACUGGGGAAACUUUUGCUCAUUUUCUGAGGUUGCCUAAACAUUAAAUGGCCAUUCUUCUUCAAUCUACACUUAGAAAUAUAGUUGGAAAGAUAGUUAGAAAGAAGCAACUUAGCCUUAAAUCAACUUAAUCUUCAAAAUACAAACGGCUCACUUUAUGACAAAACUUGGUGUAUCCACCCUGGAAGUACUUACUGUGCACCUCACUGACUUAACAUUCCAUUCCAACUUUAAAGGGUUGGGUUCAAAGUACACAUUUGUGACAGUAGGAAUGUCACACUUUUGCUGGGGUCUGAUGUAGCAUUACCAGCACAGGCUGCCACCACUGCCUUUAUGUACUAUAAUCAAAAGUAGUCUUUCCUUGAAAAUGACAGCUGCUGUGUCUAUUUAAUUGUCUGUCCCUAAACUGAAUCUGUGUUUAAACAGGACAACAGACUUUCAGGAAGUUUUAGAGCACCAAGUCGUGUAAUUUUAAGUGGUUCAUGUUGCUGUUUUUCAAACCUUACUAUGAAAUGCAAGUGAUGUUUCUGACUGGCAAUGUUAAUCCAAACCCAGAUAAAAGAGAGUGUUUCCUGUCCUAAGUAUUUUAUUUGGCAUAUUUCCAGCUGUGCAACAUGACAGUGCAGGAGCACUUUUCUCCCUUCCUCUUUAAUUUAAGAAGCUCAAACUUGCCCUUAUUCAGAUGGGAAUGUAUCUGCUAUUCCAUUAGAAAUGAGUGAAAAUUAUGUUCAAAUUACAGUAAAGUUUCAGCAUUUUCCAAAUAAAUCUUUUGAGACAUUGUAAA